AUGGACGCCGACGAGCGGCGCGACGCCAGCUACGUCGACGAGAACCGCAGCCGAGCUAGCGCACGGUGGGGAACGGGCGGGAACUCCGCGCCUGCCCCUCGCUCCGGCGCAGACUACAGCCGUCCGCCGCAGAAGCGACCGCGCGGCUCCGGCGAUCUCCCCAAGCUCGUCCAUUUCGUCUCCGCGGGCGUUCCGUCCGGUAACCAUGGGGAUUCUCGUAGUCCCGCCGCAGCGUCGUCUGGGAAUCCGGUUCCGAAGGCCACGUCGCCGCCGGCGCCCGGCAGCCUGGCGUCCAACACGGUGGUGGCGAAGAUGAUGAAGCGCAUGAACUACAGGGAAGGCACGGGGCUCGGCAGGCACGGCCAGGGGAUCGUCGCUCCCCUCGAAGUCAUCCUGCGGCCCAAGAACGCCGGCCUCGGCUCCGCCGAGGGAUUCGCCGGCGGAGAUUUCGAGCCGCCUCCCAGCGCGGAGGACUGGCCCGCGUGGGAUGAAGCCGGAGGAGCAAAGAAACGGAAGCGCCAUCGGGAGUUUGACGAGAAGAUCAUCCUAGCGAGACCACUGGAGGAAGGCGCCGCCGAGGCCGUCGCGAGGGUGCACAAGGCACUCGCCCGGGCGUCUCGAUGGUCGAGCGGCCAAGGGGAACUGUGCUACGGGGAGGCGACUGCGGAGAUCGCCAAGGCCAUGGAGCGGGUGCGGGAGCAGAGCUCGUCGGGGACGCUCACGACGGCCGAGCUGACCCGCGAGUUCACGGCCUUGAAGGAGCGGUGCCCCCGGGAGUACACGACGUACCGCCUCGAGGACGCGGCGCGCGCGAUCGCGGCGCCGCUGCUGCGCGCGGCGGUGUUCCAGCAGUGGGAGCCGCUCGAGGACCCGUCGCGCGGGCUGGAGGCGGUGACCGGGCUCAAGGGCGCGCUGCUGGACGAUGGGUCGGCCGCGUCGCCGUACGCCGCGCUGGUCGACGACGUCGUGGUGGGGUCCGUGCUGGCGUCGGCCGCCGAGACGUGGGAGGCCAGGGACCCGGCGCCGAUGGUCCGGUUCCUGGAGACGUGGCGGGACGCGCUGCCGCUCCCGGCGACCCAGCGCCUCCUGGAGCAGGCGGUCAUGCCGAAGCUGUCCGCCGCCGUCGAGUCGUGGGAGCCGCGGUGGGAGCCCGUGCCGUGCCACGCCUGGGUGCGCCCGUGGAUCCCGCUCCUCAGGCGCCGGCGGCUCGAGCCGCUGCUGGCGACGGUGCGGCGCAAGCUCGGGGAGGCGCUGCCGGGAUGGCACGCGGCCCGCGCCGCGGCCGACUACGACAUGGUGCUGCCGUGGAAGGACGCGUUCGGGCCGGCGGCGUGGGAGGAGUUCGUCGGCCGGCAUGUCGUGCCGUACCUGAGGCGGGGCCUGCGGGCGGUGCGCGUCACGCCGCCGAAGCAGGAGGACGGCGGGUUCGGCGGCGUGAUGAGGUGGCUGUCCGUGGUGCCGGCGCGGGACAUGGCGCGGCUCCUGGAGGAGGGUUUCCUCGGCAAGUGGCAGGACGCGCUGUGCCGGUGGCUGUGGACCGCGAGACCCACGGUGGCGGAGGCCACGGCGUGGCACCAAGGGUGGAAGCGGCUGCUGACGCCGGAGUUGCUCGCCGACGAGCGCGUGCGUGUUCCCAUCGAGGCCGGCCUCCAGAAGAUCAGCCGCGCGGCGCAAGGUCUGGAGAUUUACCGGCCGCCUGGAUGGGAGCAGCACGCCGGCCAGGCCAACUCCUGGCGGUACAGAUCACGGCGGCGCGCGGUGUUUAGUCGUGGAGGCAAUAGGCACUGGUAA